GCCAACUCCAACCACAACGUUGCAAACAUGCCUGUCGUCAAGGGAGGAGUAUGGACCAACAUCGAGGAUGAAAUCCUCAAGGCGUCCGUCUCAAAAUAUGGCCUCAAUCAAUGGGCUCGAGUCUCCUCUCUCCUAGCGCGAAAAACACCAAAGCAAUGCAAAGCGCGAUGGAGCGAAUGGCUGGACCCAGGAAUCCGAAAGAUCGAGUGGAGCAAGGAGGAAGAUGAGAAGCUCUUGCAUCUUGCAAAGUUGAUGCCAACGCAGUGGCGCACUAUUGCACCGCUCGUUGGACGAACUGCCACUCAGUGCCUAGAGCGCUACCAAAGGUUACUCGACGAAGCUGAGCAGAAGGAAGCUGGAGAGUUAGGACUUGGAGGUCCAGAUGGGGGAGAAACGAAGGCACCAUCUGCCGAUGAUGUGAGACGUCUACGACCUGGCGAGGUCGAUCCUGAUCCUGAAUCCAAACCUGCGAGGCCAGACACGAUUGAUCUCGAUGAGGAUGAGAAAGAGAUGUUGAGCGAAGCGCGUGCUCGUUUGGCAAACACACAGGGAAAGAAGGCAAAACGGAAGGCUCGCGAGCGUCAGCUUGAGGAGUCGAGGCGACUUGCCGUCUUGCAGAAGCGUCGAGAGCUGAAAAAUGCAGGUAUCAAUAUCAAGGUCGUCAACAGAAAGAAGGGGAUGAUGGAUUAUAAUGCGGAUAUUCCUUUCGAAAAAGCCCCUGCAUCUGGAUUCUACGAGACUGGAGAUGAAGCUGUGCUGAAUGAGAAAGAGAGAGAAGCGUUUGAUCCCCGGAAGCAGCAACUGGCGAAUAAACGAAAGGGAGAUCAGGAAGAGGACCCCGAUCGAAAGAGGCAAAAAAGUGGGAAAGAGGCGCCGUCAGCAUCAUAUCAGGCCGCCAUGAAGGCAGGUCAAUUACAAAAAAUUAGAGAGGCUGAGCAAAGCAGCAAACGGCGGGCUUUGGUUUUGCCAGCACCACAGGUUGGAGAGGGAGAAUUGGAGGAAAUUGUGAAAAUGGGAAUGAUUGGAGAGAGAGCCAAUAUGAUGGCGAGAUCGAGUGAGAAUGAUGCUACCAGAGGAUUGGUAAACACAUACUCGACAAUCAACAGCGGAGCACCAAUUCGAACACCAAGAGCCCCAGCUCAAGAAGACCACAUUGCAAACGAAAUCCGAAACAUUAGAGCUCUUACGGAGACACAGUCCUCACUUCUGGGUGGUGAGAAUACACCUCUGUACGAAGGGGCUGGCAGCACUGGUUUCGAGAGUGCUACUCCAAGAAGGACAGUAGUGGAAACACCAAACCCUAUGGCCACUCCGUUCCGGCAGGCUUCGAAUGGUGUUGGUGCCACUCCAAUGCGACCGCCUGGACUACCUGGACAAACGCCAACGCGGACCCCUCGUGAUAGCUUUGCCCUCAAUGCAGAUGGAGAGAUGCAACUGGUUGGAGGAACUCCAAGAGACAUCAAGCUCCGCGAGAUGUCGUUGAAGCACAAGCUCAAGCAAGGUCUUGCCUCCUUGCCGAAGCCCAAAGACACCGAAUGGGAGCUUGAGUUGCCAGAGGAGCAACAAGAAUCUAUGGGUAUUGAAGCGCUAUCAGAAGAGGAUGCCGAAAUUCGAGAUCGCCGGAAUCGACAGAUUCGAGAAGCCCAAGAGCAAGCAGAUUUCAAGCGACGAACACAGGUUAUGCAACGAGGCCUUCCUCGCUCCUUAGCUAUGGACGUUGAUGCAAUGCUUAUGAACGCAGCCGCUAUUCAGGACCCCAUCAAGGCUGCCAUUGCACAGGAAGCAGCAUUACUAGAAGCCAACGAUGCACUCAGAUACCCGGUUUCAGGCGCCAAAGUCCGCGGCGUUUCAAAGCCCCUCGAUGCGUUCGACGAUGACGCCCUGGCACAAGCACGCUUAGAAAUUACCCGCGAGAUACCAGCUGAACUUGCCCAAAAAAGCUCCGAACUCUUCCAAAAGGCGUGGGAAGAUGCCAAAACCUCGUCCUUGUUACCUGGUCUCAGCGGUUAUGAAGAUGAAGUCGACGAGCACGAAAUGCUCGUUGAAGCUUUUGAUAAUAUCCAAGACUCCAUUGUAGCCGCCGCCGAAAAGGGCAAUAAAAUGGAAAAGAAGCUCGCGCUACAUCUAGGCGGGUAUCAAAACCGUGCCAAAACUCUGCGUCAAAAGAUCGCCGAGGCAUCAGAAGCAUUGACCAAAGCGACGAUCUCGUUAGAUUCUUUCAGGACGCUGCAGAUUAGCGAGGAGGCAGCCAUUAGUAGAAGACUGGAGGGGUUGAGGAGUGAGGUUGAAUUUGUAUCCAGGAGAGAGAGAGAGGCCCAAGAUCUGUAUCGGGUACGGAAGGAGGAGUUGGCGAGCUUGACCACAGGCACGAAUGGGUGGCAUUAGUUGGUGAAGGUUCUGUGUAUAAUUAUGGUAUACCGGCAUCACGAAAAUGUAGAAAUACAAACUUUUACCGUGGUCAUCAAGAAGCCUCAAGAAAAGUGGUUGAAAUCCUUGUCUUCUUUGGAAUCACCCUCAAUAUCCUUU